AUGAAUGGUUCAUUAUUACGAAAUUUUGUUAAUACCUCUACUUUGAAAGUAUUGGGAAAUGUUGGUAAAAGAAAGGCAUUACCUUGCAUUCCUUGCAUUGGUACUUUUAUGCAUAAAAAAUUUCUUGCCACCACAAAUGAACAAACAGUGACUGUAAGAGAUGCCUUAAAUGAAGCACUUGAUGAAGAAUUAACUCGUGACGAACGCGUUUUUCUACUCGGCGAAGAAGUUGCUCAAUAUAAUGGUGCAUAUAAAGUAUCAAAAGGUCUUCUUGAUAAAUUUGGUCCGAAACGUAUUAUCGAUACACCUAUAACAGAAGCUGGUUUUGCUGGUUUAGCUAUUGGUGCAGCAUUAGCCGGUUUAAGGCCAAUAUGUGAAUUUAUGACUUUUAAUUUUUCGAUGCAAGCUAUUGAUCAGGUGGUUAAUUCUGCUGCCAAAGUUAGCUAUAUGACAGGUGGUGUGAACUGUCCAAUAGUUUUUAGAGGGCCUAACGGUUUAGCAAUUGGUGUAGCUGCUCAACAUUCUCAAGACUUUGCAGCAUGGUAUGGUUCUAUUCCAGGUUUAAAGGUUGUUUCUCCUUGGGACAGUGAAGAUGCUAAAGGAUUAUUAAAGGCUGCAAUUCGGGAUCCUAAUCCUGUUAUCGUGUUAGAGAAUGAACUUCAGUACGGUGUAUCAUAUCCAGUAUCUCAGGAAUUUAUGUCAUCUGAUUUCUUAUUACCAAUUGGUAAGGCAAAAAUUAUAAGGGAAGGAAAUGAUAUAACUGUUGUUUCUCAUUCAAGAACACUUAAUUUUUGUAUUGAGGCCGCUGAAAAAUUACAAGAUGAAGAAGGAAUUUCUGUUGAAGUCAUUAAUUUAAGAUCAAUUAAACCAUUGGAUGUUGACACGAUUGUUAAUUCUGUCAAGAAAACAAAUCACUUAGUAUCUGUUGAAACUGCAUUCCCUCAAUUUGGUGUUGGUAGUGAAAUAUGCGCUUUGGCGAUGGAAACAGAAAUUUUUGAUUAUUUAGAUGCACCAGUAGAAAGGGUGACAAGUGCAGAUGUUCCCACACCUUAUACUGCCAAUUUAGAAAGCUUGAGUGUUCCAGACACACAAGUAAUAGCCAAAGUUAUUAAACAAAUGGAAGAAAAAACACGUCAUAUUGCUAUUCUCGGUGGUGGGGUUGUUGGUUGCUCAAUCGCGUAUCACAUAACUCUACUCAACACGGAUCCAAACCUAAAAGUUACAGUUGUUGAAAAGACCGCGAUCGCAUGCGCAGCUUCGGGUAAAGCUGGAGGUUUUCUUACUUAUGAUUGGUGUGACGGAGGUCCUUUAGAAGAUCUCGCGAGAAAAAGUUUCGAUUUACAUGCUGAACUAGCCGAAAGGUUAAAUGGGAAAAUAAGAUAUGAUUAUCGUGUUGUGGAUACAUUAGCGAUAACAGCUUCUACAAAAGCUGCAAGCGUAAAACCACCUCCGACAGUUUGGUUAAGACCUGGAGUGGUAACUAAAUUCAAAAGUAUUGGUACGACGCAAACAACUGCACAACUUCAUCCUUAUAAAUUUACUAAAACAUUAAUUGAAGAAGCAGAGUUAAGAGGUGCCAAAGUUAAGAUCGCGAAUGUUAUAGGUCUUGAAUUUGAUAAACUUAAAGUAUCAGGUGUUCGUUUAUCAACAAAUGAAAUAAUUCCCGUAGAUACAGUUAUUAUAGCCAUGGGUCCUUGGAGUGGAGAAGCACUUUCAUGGCUCGUAAAGAAAAGUGGACGUGCCCAUCAAUUACCAGAUGUUUCUGGACAAAGGGCUCAUAGUAUCGUAUUACGACCAAAGGUUGACAUAUCAGCACAUGUAUGCUUCGUAACAUUAAAUCUUGGUCAUAAAUACGCUGAACCAGAAAUUUAUCCACGUCCGGAUGGAGAAGUAUAUAUUUCAGGAGAAUGUGAUGAAUCUCCUCUCCCAGCCAGCGCCGAAGAGUACAUCCCUAAUCCUACAGCAAUUAGAAGUCUUAAGAACAAUAUGAAUACACUUUCUCCAGAUAUUUUAGGCAAUGCAACUGUUGUACGCGAACAAUGUUGUUAUAUGCCAAUAUCUGAUGAUGAUAAACCUUUGAUUGGAAAAGUUCCAUGGCUUGAUGGAGUUUAUCUUGCAACUGGACAUUCCGUAUGGGGAAUCUUAAAUUCAUCUGGUACUGGAUUAGUGAUUGCAGAGAUGAUACUGGAAGGUCAAACAAAAUUCGCAGAUGUAAGAGGAUUAGCACCCAUGAGACCCAAAAGUUAUAAUAAAAUACAUUAA